AUGUCGCAUCCCGCAGCUUCCAUCAAGUCAAUUUUCAGUGGCAGAGUCAACUUAGACACUCCUGAAGGCAUGGAUCCGUUUGAGUACAACUCCAGCUACAACACCAACGACAACAGCUUUGUAGACGAUGACGACAACGACAUGAACGGCAGUAAUGGCUCUGCAGGAGACCACGACUCGAACUACAGCAUAACGUCGAAAAACUUGAGGACUUUGUCAGAAUCAUUUACCCAGCAGCAGCCGAAUACCAACAAAGAAUACUUGUCUGCUACAGAUGCAAACAACAAGGGUCGUCAGUUUUCAGACACGAAUCUCUCACUAGCUUCAACUGCCAGCGAUUACCAACAAAACUACACUGAUGACCCUUCUGAGACGUUAUCCACACCUCCUCCAGACUACUUGCAAGCGGAUCCUUUCUCCAGACCCAUCUCUCGUAACUCAACGACUUCAUGUCUUUCAACCACAGCAACAAAGGACGGCAUCGAAGGCAAAAGAUUCCAUAGACACGGCCCAACCACUUACUCAUCAAAUAUAAUAGCCAACAUGAUUCACUCUCAGCAGAUCCAACAAAUGAAAGAGAAACAGCUCCAGCAGCAGCACCAAACUACUCCGAUUCUUCAAGUUACUUCACCUCCUCUGGUUCAAACUCCUUCACAAUCUGUAGUCAACGAUGCUUCCGUUCCAGAUCCGGAUUACAGCGAAUAUUCGGCACGGACAACCAACGCUCAAUUCGAUGGAGAGGGUGGUCUUGGUGGCGAACGCAACGAACAAUACUUUGAGAAACGUCUUCCUCCAAAUUACCAUAUGCCACCUCCCAUCACUUUGAAGGAAAAGAUUAACCUCUUGAACACAGACUCGAUUUCCGACAGAAAAUAG